CACUUCCACCUGGCCAUAUGAUGGACAUGUUGCUUUCUUCACUCCCCCCGUCUUACGACGGUUUUGUCAUGAACUACAACAUGACAGGGAUGGAGAAGACGCCGGAAGAAGUGCUCGCCAUGCUGAAAACUACAGAAGGAGGACUGCGGAAAAAUCGCAAGCAAAUGUUUCUUGUGAAUAAAACCGCCAGUUUCAAAAAGAAGAAAGGCAAGCCAAAGAAGGGCAAGGGCACCGGUAAGACCGGCUCCCAAAGCAACUCUAAGGGCGGAGCCAAGAAUGAAACUGAGUGCUUCUACUGCAAGGGCACAGGACACUGGAAGAGAAACUGCAAGAAGUAUCUGGAAGAUAAGAAGACCGGGAAAACCGGAAAAGGGACUUCAGAAGGUGCGCAAGCUAGCAAAGAAUGAAGUCGUGAUGCGCGUCGGGAACGGCGCUGGGAUCGCCGCUCAAGCCGUCGGCAUUAUGCCUCUACGUCUCCCUUCAGGAUUUAUCUUAGAACUAAGUAACUGUUAUUUUGUUCCACUGUUGUGUAGAAACAUUAUCUCCGGAUCAUGUUUGGUACACGAUGGGUAUUCGUACAAGUCUGAGAACAAUGGUUGUUCACUUUAUUGUAAGGAUAUGUUUUAUG